ACGCGAAGUAACGAAGCUCCCCAGCAAGACAUAUACUUGUCAUACAAUAUUGUUGUCUCCCCUAACCAAAAAUCACUUGUAGCUACUAGUAAACAACCUGUCCCAUCUCUCUCCGGCCCCAUCUCUAUCUCUUGUUCUAAGUUAAAACCGCAUAUAUCCUUGUUGCCAUAUCUCUCCUUUAAUCCAGAAUUAUCUUCUUCUUCUUCUCUCUUUCUCAAUCUCUUACUUUCUGAUCCCUUACAGAGCACAUAUUUACUGAAAUGGCGGCUGAAGGAGUGAUAGUACUCAAAAGGGCUGAGAUUGAUACUAGAGCACCAUUCCGGUCUGUCAAAGAGGCUGUUACGUUGUUUGGCGAGAGAGUUUUAGCUGGGGAGCUAUAUGCCAACAAGCUCAAAGAGAUGCACGUUGGAGGAACUGAAUACGGGCAGGGCCCUUCCAGGCUUGGAACAGUGACAGCAGAGCUAGAGGAGACAAAACAAAGACUUGAAAAAGCUAGAGAACAAAGGACGCUAAUGGCAAGCUGCCUUUGUUCUCUUCAAGAAGAACUUGAAAGAACAAAGAGAGAGCUUCAACAAUUGAAGGAACGUGAAGUCGAAAGGCAUAUGAUAGAAUCUGAAAUUGAAGAUGUCAAGAUUGUUGAAGAUACCACAAAAUUUGAAGCCAGAAUGCAAACAUUCCACGAAGAAGCUGAGACCGAGUUUCAAAAGAAGAGAUAUGUGACGUUUGCUAAUCCCCCUUCCCUGACACGAGUUAUAAUUCCGCAAGUAGUUGAAGCACUUGAGAGAAACCCUUCUCUAAGGAAAAAGAAGAAGAAGCCAUUGAUCCCACUGAUAGGAGGGAUUUUCUCCAAGAAAAAGGGGAAAGGAAGCGCUUCCCCAUGAGUCGCACCACGAGCUAGCACAGUUAGAAUUAAUAUAUUCUCUCAACUCCAAGAAUAAUAAUCCUUUCAGCUAGUCCCCUAGCUGAAGUUGUCUUUGAAUUGUCAGAGUGAAAAGGCUACGAGACUAUACAUGUAAUAAAAAUACGUUUAAAUAACAUAUUUUUGUACUUCUUGAA